AAAAACUCACGUGGUUUUAGUAAACCUUGUAGGCCUAUUUCUAUCCCUGGGAUAAAUUAGGUCAACAGUUAUUUAAAAAUAACCAGAAUAAAUAAUUUUGAUGACGGGCGGAGGCUGUGGCUGGGUGUUCAUGAAACUGUACGUACCGUCUGAUAAUCUGUGAUCAGUUUCUUGUUAAAAAGCCCUAACGGCGGACAUAUCAGCAAUUAAAAGUAAUUUAGUGGCAAAAUAAACGAGGACUAAAUAAAUAAAAAUCGCUUACUUGCAUGAAAACGUGAAAAUAUGCCCUCAGCAAAUUAGCGAAACAAACAAUUAAACGUGUAUUUGAAUAAGAUAAUCUAUAUACCCGAAACCUCCAUUGUAAAUUACGGCUAAACAUUGAGCACACUCUGACUCGUAGCUUGCCAUUUUUGAUAGCAGACCGACUCUCCAAAACUUUUAUACUGUAAAAGGAUGCAUUUCAGUCUAACAUAGCGCGUAACAUAACCAGGGAAUCCAUUCAAUUUACUCUGAUACACACCAUUCUUGUAUUCACUGCUGUUCUCGCGACGAAUGGAGAGGAACUUAAGCCACGUAUUAAAAUGCCCGGACGAAGCUCCGACUUCCGAAGAGAUUCUUUACAAUAUGGAUCCGUCCACCUGUUUCAUGUACUCCGUUCUGACGCUGAUGACGUUAGUGGGAAGCCUUGUGUACUUGGAGGAGACCGUCUACAUAACCAGGAAAAUAACGCCAUCCUGCAAGAAAACCGCUUACAUUUGGGUUACAGGCGCUCCACCUGUGAUUGCAGCCACGUCGUACGUUGGCCUGUGGGUUCCUCGCUCGUCCAUGUUUACAGACUUCACUGCUUCCAUCUAUUUAAGCAUCUGCUUGCACAAGUUCCUGGUGAUGAUGCUGGAGGAGUUCGGUGGGGAGGAGACGCUGGUGCGCCGGCUGCAGGGCAAGCCCCUGAAGACCAGCACCGGGCCCUGCUGCUGCUGCUGCCUUUGCCUGCCGCCGCUGCAUGUCAGCAGGACGAGCCUGACCAUCCUGAAGUGGGGGACCUUGCAGGCUGCUCUUCUCAGGCCAACGCUCAUGUUUUUCGCCACUGUCCUCUGGAGCAACGGCACAUAUCAGCAAGGCAAGAUGGAGGUGAAGGAGGCGUUCCUAUGGAUCACUUUGCUGUCCGUGGCUGCUUUCCUGCUCUCGCUGUGGCCCAUAGGAAUUGUGUUUGCCCAGGCCCAGUUAGAGCUCUCAAAGCGCAACAUUGUUCCGAAGUUUGCCCUGAACCAGUGCGUGGUGGUUCUUAGUCAGGCUCAGAGUGGCAUCAUGGACGUGCUGAUCAGCACUGGAACCAUUUCUUGUGUACCUCCUUUCUCUGCCCGUGCCAGAGGGACAUUCAUGCAUCAACAGCUGCUGGUGGUGGAAAUGUUCAUAGUCAUAUUCGCGACCCGUUUCUACUACAGAUGGGAUUACAGCGGCAGUGAUGCGGGGAAUCCAGGUCCUUGCUAAGGAGCGCGACCGAGGGGACUGGAGCACGCCGGACAGAAAUGUUCUCAAGCGGCUGCUUAUCGAUCUAGUGCAGUAGGUUUAAAUACUACUGUGGUAUCACCUUUCUUUUUACUCUGGACAAGAAGAUCUGCUGACUGCAGACCUGUUGUCAGUGGACCAUGUUCAGAAGUAACAUGAAUGGCCCUGCAACAGCCCAGAAGAUAUAGAACAGGGGUCUUCAACACCGGUCUUGGAGAGCUAGUAUUUAGUAGGUUUGCCAUCCUACCCGGUU